CAGGGAAAGUACAUAUAUAUAGAAUCGUCCUCACCAAGACAAUUUGGGGAACAUGCCAGUAUUUCAUCGCAUGUCCUACCGGCGAACAGGACAAUGUGUUUCGAGUUUUGGUAUUAUAUGUUUGGGGAUGGAUCUGGACAAUUGUUCGUAUUUAUACAGGAUACGUGUACGAAAAUGGAAACACAGUUGCUUAAGGAGGCAGGGGACAAGGGGGCACAAUGGAAUAAAGCUUCUGUAACAAUAGCCAGAGAUUCUGUUCCAAAUGACUACAGAAUCGUCCUCCUGGCCGACGUCGGAGCAACAUAUCAUGGAGAUACGGCAGUAGACGAUUUAAUCAUACAUGAUGGACCAUGCCAAGGGAGCCACGGAGCACCCAUAGUCGGUUAGAGACGACUAGGGCGAAUUUUUUACUUCAUCAUAUUAAUCAGGAGUGUCAAUUGUAUAGUUGUUACAAAACUUUUUGUCUUUAGUUCUGUGGUAUUGUAUGUAUUGCAGUUCAAUAAAAUGCACUUAGAAACACAUACUGUAUAAUUUGUUACUUUUCGGCGAGUAAUAUAAUAUAAUAUUUAUAUAUUAUGUUUUUUGGCAAUAGAUUCAAUGCAGUACAAAGCAGUAAUAAGAGAUAACUGCAUAAUUUGUUUUUAUAAAGGACGUAAUAAAAUAUCUUGUCAUAAAGGUCAUCAUGUAACAUGUAGAAUAGUCUGUGGUUUGUUUUUUCUUGCUUGAUUUUAUUUAAGAAAAAUAUGUGCU